GCGAUUCUCGAAGCAACGAUAGUUGAACGAAAAGUGAACAAAUUCAGUUUCGAACAGUUUUUAACGCGUAGUGAUUUAACGCUCCGCACGAUCCUGAUGAUUUGGACCUCGGGAGGAGGAUGCGGUGCCAAGGGAACUCAAGUGCAAGGAUUGUCCGGUGGGCGGAGGUGAGACGAGAGAUGCAGCGGCCCGCAGCAGCAGGUAGCGGCGAAGAUGUUGGUCUUCUAUCUGGGGUUCAACGACUUCUGAGAUAUCCUGUAUGCAGAGGUCUUCCGCCGUUUCCGCUUCGUGUUUUUAGCAUGCGGUAGGCAAUUUUGAAUGCGACGAAAACGAUCUCAUACAAUUCAUCCGAGGCUAACUGCUACGCCAAUGUCAUUGCCGGGGUACGAUAUACCAGUUUGACUCUCCAAACUUUUCUACAAACAGGUACGAACACCAUAGGAACUUCGUUGAAAGCAAAAAGCAGAAGCAAUAUAUGUUUUUCUCAAUACUUUAAGACUUCCGACUUUAAUGUAUUCAGUGAAAACUUUUGGGAUUUCACCGGUAAAUUUGGUAGCAAUCGUUCCGUUAGACAGAAAUUUUUGAAACCAUCAAUUGUCACUGCGCGACGAACGUACAAAUAUUUUAUUUUAUAUGUACAUAUUUAAUAUCCAGGAGUAGUCAUUUGAUUCUCUCCCGCUUUUAUCUUAUCUGCUAUUAUAUGUAUAUGUAGAUAGUCGCAGCAUUCUCAAUUUAGGCAUAACUUCCUGUUGUGUCAAAUUUAAUUUAUCUCUAUAUUUUAUACAUGUCUACAUUACCCUCGUGUAAUUAAUGUAUUACGCUAAACAAAACAAACACAAAUGACGUCAUAAACAUCAAAAUCAUUAAUGAUAAUUUAAAAAAUUGUAAAUCAUAAAUUUCACUGUAUACCAUCUCCGUAUAUGGAUAGAGAAAUAAUAUGUUAAAACAUAAAGUUGAAUUAAAAACUAGGACUGUCACUUUUGACAACUUCGAAUAUUCUAAGUUGUCCAAAGUAAUAGCAUUAUUAAAAAUUAUAAAUUAUGUCGAAUAUCAUAUCAAAUCGCUAUCAUAAAUUCUUCCUUUUAGAUAAAUUCCAUAGAAAAUUUGUCAAACGGAAACGGCCACUACAAGCCCGUGUUCGAUUUAACAAUGUUUGCAUCGAAGUAACUUAACUUUAAAACUUGGUUUAAUAGACUACCUAUUGCCUUUUAUUUCUUGAAACUAAUAAAUGAUAGAAAGUAAAACCGAGUUUAAAUAUACAUUGGGGUGCAAAACGAGCCUUACUAUCGCAGGGAAUUUUAUGCACCUCGCGACAAUUAUCGAUGCGUCUCGAUCGCAAACCGCGAUUGUACAUACGAUGUACCUGCGAAGCGUCGUUCGUCACAUUGCGUGUGAUACCCUAACUUAUACGUGCAGCACAUCCGGUCGCGGGGAGUCGCAACUGACCGUAGUCCCGUAACUACGCGUCGUGUCGUCGCGUACGCAUUGUGUAGUAAAAACGUAGUAUGCGUAAACGAGGCGAAACUCAACACGGUUUCGUGCACCAAGGACAUUCUAUCUCCUACGUGGCUCUACUCCUACUGACCCGCGCCUCUCCACCUCCUCCGUCUCUUCUACCUUCGUUCUUGCUUCUCUCACAGUCGAUCACUUCAAAUUGUUCGCCGGAAGCGGUCCUCGCUUUUCCACGUACCUAUGUACGCACGAAGAAUUUCUAAAAUCGGCGAAUAACAUAAAAAAUAAUACUUCAAAAAUUUUAAUGAGAUUUAUGCUCGUUGUCGAUAUGCAAAAAUGACAUAUAAGCAUUUCUUCAGACUCAUGAAAUAUUUUGGUCUCAUCGUUUUUUAUUGUUAAUAUAAAGAAGUAUAAUUAAUUAAAAACAAAAAAUAAUU